AGGGGGUCACAUCUUAUUUCUCUCACUUUCUCAAAUCUAUUCGUUUUUUUGGCUUCUCAGUGGCGUGUUCUUUCUUUCUUGAUCGAUCGAUCAUUAGAAUAUAUAAUUUGAGUGCUUUUUAUGAAUUCAAAUUUCCAAGCUAUCAUCUGCUGAGGUUGAUGUGUACAAGAACUUUUCCAUUAGGUGCAUCUCAGGAUUCUCUUGAUACUCAUUUUGAAAGGAAUCACACCGAAAACGUCAAUAUGGUUUCCCUUAAGUUUCAUGAGCCAAAUGGGGUGCUAGAUCAGGGCCAUCAAAUCUCCAGUCCAGUAAGAAGAGAUGUUAAGAGGUCAUUAUCUGGUGUGAAGUUUCUUGAAAAUGAUGAUAUGGAUUUGGAGGAUGGUAAUUUGGACAAGGAGUGGAAUAAAAUGACACACAUUAACAAGGUCAUCAAAAUACAAAAUCAGGCCUUAUUAUCUGGCCUUGCAUAUUGCUUAUCCUCUUGCAGUAUGAUUCUGGUAAACAAGUUUGUGCUCUCUGGCUAUGAUUUCAAUGCUGGGAUAUCCUUGAUGCUAUAUCAGAACUUUAUAUCCGUUGUUAUUGUGUCUAUACUGAGUUCUAUGGGCCUAAUAUCGAGAGAGCCGCUAACAUGGAGGUUGAUUAAAGUCUGGUUACCUGUGAAUGUCUUAUUUGUUGGAAUGCUUCUUACAAGCAUGUUCAGUUUGAAAUAUAUCAAUGUAGCCAUGGUCACAGUCUUGAAGAACGUUACUAAUGUAAUUACUGCAGUAGGUGAAAUGUAUUUGUUCAAGAAGCAUCAUGAUAGCAGAGUGUGGACUGCUUUGCUCUUAAUGAUCGUUUCAGCUGUUUCUGGUGGGAUAACAGACCUUUCAUUUCAUGCCAUCGGAUAUGCAUGGCAGAUUAUAAACUGCUUCUUAACUGCGUCAUAUUCUCUGACUUUGCGUAGGGUCAUGGAUACUGCAAAGCUGGUCACCAAAUCUGGAAACUUGAAUGAAUUUUCAAUGGUCUUGCUAAAUAACACACUUUCAUUGCCUCUGGGGAUACUUCUUAUUUUUGUUUUCAAUGAGGUUGAUUAUCUAUACACGACACCACUUCUAAGAAGGCCUGACUUCUGGUUGGUAACGACAUUAAGUGGAUUUUUGGGCCUCGCUAUCAGUUUCACUUCAAUGUGGUUUCUUCAUCAAACAGGAGCUACCACGUAUAGCCUCGUAGGAUCGUUGAACAAAAUUCCUCUCUCCAUAGCCGGGAUCGUUCUUUUCAAGGUCCCUACUAGUUUGGAGAACUCUGCAAGCAUUUUCUUCGGUCUUUUGGCUGGAGUUUUUUUUGCGAGAGCGAAAAUGCGGGAGAAAUCUGAGUCAUAGUGUGUUAUCGUAGAGCGGUAUUUAUGCGGUGCUUGCAUCCUGUGAGUGAGGAUUUGCAAGUGUAUAACGCACACCCGAACAACUUUUGAAGUAUUGCUUACGUGUCAACCAAGUUCCUCAUGGAAGAUGGCAAAAAUGGGGUGGUGGAAAAUUGGUUCCCGAGAGAAGUUUUUAUGUUGUUGAUUAUUGGGAGUUGCUUCGAGUUUAGUGUCUGUUUUUGAUGCUAAACCAAAGUUUUUAUGUUGUAUUUGUAUUGGUUGGGGGACCUUGUUUUUCCCUUGUGCAUUUUGCUAAUA